AUGGAGUCCACACAGAUAUUAUUGAAUAAGUGCCAGGUAAUCUUAGUCAAACAGUCGUGGCCUGUAAUAGUAGCUAAAAACGGUUGUUUCUGGACUACGUUUUACAUUAAGUAGGUAUACAAUAUUAUAUACUUGUUUAAACUAUGAUUAUUUCAUUGUUUUUUCAAUAAUUGCCCCGAAGUCUGUUUGAUAAAAGUCCGUCGUAUCAGUUGCAUUUUGAUCGAUUUGCACACGUCCCGUUGGAGACACUCCGAUCGAACGUUCACUUUUUAGCUCAUUCUACCAGGACUGGACACGUGUUCGCCGCGGCCAUCGGACUCUUGGAAUCACCUAAAGAAUUACACGAAAUCCUUAAAGUUUUAGGAAAAAAACAUCGCCAUAUCAAUCUGUCAGCUGAACAUUUUGAAGUAAGCAUUAUUAUAUUAUACAUAUUUAUAAUAAAAUAAAAAACGAACAGACUUCGCACGAUGGAUGGGCCACUGUUGUAGGAGAGGAGUUAUAAGAAGGUAAGAUAUAAAGUUGAAUUCGAUUCCUAUCUGUCCGCAACAAUAAACCAUUGAUAAAAAAAAACGAAUCGGAGCAAACUUUCUUUUAUACAUGUACGUUCAUUUUUCUGUUUUUUUUUUUCUAAGUUAUUCUCCAUUUUUCCUAAUUAUUAUGAGAACCGUUUGGAAAAUAAAAAAUAAUUACCUAAUGUACCAUCUAGAUAAAAUUUACUUUUAGAAAAGGUACUAUAUUUGAAAAAGGAUCAAAAUUCCUGGUGGAAAAAUUGUUUACAGGUAAAAAAAAAUAAAAGAGAUAAUGGAAUAUGUAAACUGGAAAUGAUUGGACAAAUCGAGGGGACCAAAUGUGAAUAUGUAAAUACACUGAAUACUGACCAUGAAAGUUGUGUCCAAGAAACUGAAACUAUUGGCAGAAGAAAGUGAGAAUAAGGUUUAGAAAGCGUGAUACAGAGGAAUUAUCGAAGACUUUAUAAAUAGGCUAUAUACACUACAGAAGUAGAAUAAUUCUCUGAUUUAAAUGAUUUGAUGGCAGAAUUCGAUAUUAUAAUGUACAGUUUACAAAAAUAAUAACCUGCAGUGCGUAUUGUAAACAUAUAUCGAUUAAACUGUUUCGUCAUAUCGUUCUUUGACAAAAUAUUUGGUUGAUUUUUCUGGUUCUAUUUUUAAAUUGUCAUUUUUCACAGGUCGUCAAAGACUUACUGGUAAAAAUGAUCGAUGACCGUUUGAAUGACGACGAACCGGAUAAAAACAUUACGAUGGCGGCCUGGAGGUUGUGCGUGACAGAGGUGAUUGGAGUCAUUAAAGAUUUCGCAAUUGAAGUACGUAAAUAUAAUUUUAUUAAUUAUAUAAGUACAAGGUAAUUCAUAAUAAUAACUUCAAAACACACAAAAUCCUAUAUAAAUCCUUAUAUUCCAUAUUUCAAAAGGGAACGUAACAAAAUUACGUUACUUAUAAAAUAUAUUGAAUCAUGAGGUUCAUACGAUUUAUUCUGUUUUUUGAUUUUUUUUUUUUCGUUUUUGUAAAACGGUAUUUUUACUAAAAUAAUCUAUUGUUUAUAGAUCUAUAUUAGUAUAUAUUUAUGUUUGAUCGUUAGUUUGAUGCUGUUUCAUUUUGUGCUUCCAUGUUUGUAUUUCGCUGUUUAAUAACUUUGAAACACCUGUUUGAAACACUAUGCAAGAAAAUAUAGCAUCACCCCACCCGUUACAUGUUGAAAUUAUAAUUUAAACAUAAAUAAUUAAACUUUUUAAGGAUUCAUAAUUUUUCUAAAAUAAUGUCAAACAGAAAUGUUAGGUACUGUUACAGCCAUAUAGCUUUACACUCCCCUCCCUCCACCGAUUAAUUUAAAAAUGUUCAAUUGCUGAUCUUGUUGGUAUAAUAAUGUAUGCAAAUAUUACUUUAGUAAUAUUAUAAAUUAUUCGAUGUAUUUGUUUAGGUCGACUGACUGACUGUCAUCAUGUACACAGGAAAAAAAGGAGUAUACAUAAACACGAUAGAAUAUUAUAUUAAGUAACGUCGUUAAAGUGACAGUGUCAAUGACACGUUAUUCUAAUACAUAUGGAAAGUAUCACAAAUUAUUAUUACAAUAAUAUAAUCGCUGUCGAGGAGUAUCAAUAGUUUUUUUACGCUGUUUCACAUAACAGUUAACAUAAAUAUUAUAUAAAUUAUUAAUUAAAAAUAACAUAACUAACUAACAAGUAAUAACAUAUCUAUAUUCUAUAUUAUAUUUAUUUUAUAAUACCUACAGAAUAUAAUUCAAGGGGAACACAUAUUGUUUACUUUUUUCUCCGAAUUCAAAACUUAAAAUGGUUUGGCACAGGGUUAUUGCCUUAUUAUUGGUAUUUUUGGUACGUAUAUCUAAUUAUUUUUUUCAAUUUAUGGGUUACAUUAGUAAUAUGGAUGAAAUAAAAUAAAAAGUUAAAACAAACAAAACAACACAACUUCUGUUAAUGUAAUCCGUGUAAGGACCACAUUAGCCUAAUGAUGACUUUUCUACUAUUAUAUUUGACACAGGGUAACGUCAGGUGGGACAGCUAGUAGUAUAUAAAUAUAAUAAUAUUAUGUACAUUGGAUACAUCGUAAGUAGUAUUUAGUAUUAAGUCCAUUCUGCUAUCAAAUUAUUAUAAAAAAUUUAUAAAUUGGAAUUUUACCUAAUUUUGUAAUACAUUAAACUUCGAAAUUUUGGAAUUUUUCAAAAAGUGUAUGUGAUUAACAAAAAGAGUUACAGCUGCUAGAUGUGUUACUGUUGUAGGUGAGAAUGUAUAUUCCUUGCUUUUCUUAGAAUCUAAAAAAAAAAACAAAAUUCACCGUUGGUACUUCACACUGCUUGUGGUGCACUACAUUUAAAGGUGGUGAUCACUGCUUACUACCCGAAAGAUAUAUACUAUUGAGUAAUUUAGUUCAUAAUUUCAUAUUAUACUAAACGCAACAAUAAAUCAAAAACGAUUUUAAGAGCAGUGUUCGGUAAACUAUACAUGCUUCCUGCAGGUAAGGUUAGACAAUUACUCGUGUAAUAAAUAGUCGUAAUUUUUUCCUUGUAGCCCAAAAAUCAACCAAUAAAAACAAAAAAACAAAACAAAAUCCCGAUGUAUUGUAAUUUUAGUUGUCUGUCGUUUUCUCGAGAAUUGUUAAAACUAUUAAAAGAUGUUAAAAUACAUUUCUGUCAUCAUAUGGAAAUUCCGUAACUUUAAGGUUAUAGAAUCACUUAAAUGACCGAAAGAGUUUUUUCUGAGAAAAAAAUCAAUUAUCACUAAAGCUUCAAUAUAAGUAGUAGUAAAUAGGUAUCCACUAUAAUAACUAUUAGCUAUCGUCUUUGUCGUCGUGGUCGUCGUCGAGUCGAAGUCGUAUACCUACCGCUGCAACAAGGUCACCAGUCACUAUCACCACCACUACCUGCGCAUAUAGAAUAACUGUACAAAAACCCGUUCCAAUAAUAUUUUUGAAUGUCCCCUCACUUAUAAAACAAUGCGGAAAUUUUUAUAUCAGCGUAGGUUUUUAUUAUUUUGUGUGUGUUAUAAACGAACUAUAUUCAUUUUUCGCAUCGUACACCUCGACUACGUAUAUAAGUAUACACUGAUUAUUACUAAUAAGUAAUAAUAUAACAUGUAUAUAAUGGCGAAGGGAAGGGGCAGAUAGGUCCCCCACGACACGCAUCCGGUCACUAAACAAAACAGUAUACGUAGAUAGUAAAUACCUAUAAUAUACUUAAUAUAUAAUAUGCACGUGAAAUAAAAAUAUAAUAGGUACGCGUAGUUAUGUGUACUAAACAUGUAGCAGUAUUCAUCCAUAUUAUAUUAAAAUAAAUUCUGCAUGCAAUUUAUUAUAAUCCUGUAACGGGUGUUACUAAUUUGUGCCAAAAAAAAAAAAGAUAAUCGUUUUAGGUUCAGUCUAUUUGCGUCAAAAUAAAAAAAGGUACUUAUUCCGAUCGCCCUUUUGCGCAGAUUUACCUGCUUUAACAUUUUACAUUAACAACUUGGUUAAUUCAUAUAUUUUAAAUAUGUCGUGUCGGUAACGUAUAAUAAAGUUAUUGAAUCGAUUAUUAUUAUUAUUUAAUUGAUUAGUAUUUGAGAAAAAAUAUAUUCAUUUAUUAUAACUAUACCAGUAAACAAUUUUUAUAUUUAUUGAUAAUCAUUGAACAACUUUUAUUGCAUUACCUAUUUGUAAUAUUAAAAUUUCUAUAAUAGCUAAUUAUUUGAGUGUUAAAAAUAAAUUAACUAGGUACUAUGUAUAUUAAAUUGACUAUCAUGUAAAGAUUGUUUUUAUACAAAUCUGUGUUUAUUUUAUAAAUAAAAAAAAUAACUCUUACGUAGUCAUGUAAUCGUGUAAUUGUGUAAUCGUAUAAUAUAAGUAGGCAAAUUUGGUGCAAAUGGGCUGUAUUUAAAAAGAUUACCUUUUUUUGUGGCGUAAAUGGGGGAUGCCCCCUAUAACAAAUAGGUAUCUAUGGGGUAUAUAAUAAAUAAUAAAUAAUAAAAUAAUAAUAAUUAAUAAUAGUAUUUUACGCGCAAGUCGCGCUGUAUAAUAGAGUUGGUCAAGUAUUCGAUCUUGUCAAGUUUUAUCGAGUCUGAGUCGAGUAAAUAACAAAUACUUUUUUGAUACUUGUACUACCAGAGUACUCGAUUUUUGUAUUUAAAGAAAUUAAUAUACUUAACAACUAGGUAUAAAUAUAUUCAAACCCAAUUAUUUCUAUGUUAGGUUAAGUUAUUUAAGUCCAUUAAGUUGAUGGUUCGAAUUUAUAAAAAUAGAUAAUUAUUGUAAUACUAAAUUAUGAUAAUAACGGUAUUUAUGUUUAGAGUUCAUUGAGUAGUAAACUCGACAAUUUUUUUUUUUUUUUGGUACUAUAGUUAACUCGAGCAUUAAAUUUACAAAAUUAUAGCUUUUGUACUACACUCGACUAGAAUAAAUAAAUACUUGACUCAACUCAGCUAAUUUUCAAAAAUAAAAACUCACCAAACUCUAUAAUAGUAGUACAGUGUGUUUCCUUUUAAAGGUAACAUGAAAUAUUUCAGUCCAGCGAGCUCAGAUUGAUAUGGAGUUUUUGGGAGUAGAUAAGGAAUAUCUAAAUACAGAUUUUUUGAUGAUUUUCAAAUUUGUAUAUCUUUCAGUGAGCGCAUGCGGAUAUAUCUUGCAUUUUUUUCAACAUCAACAAGUGGUUUCAGAUUUGGAUAAAGCAAAUCUUUUUUAAGUCAUUUUAACCUCUUAACCAUGAUUUUAAAACGUUCCUACAGCCCUUCCUUUUUGUAGUAAAUUUAAAUGUAAUUAUUUAGGAUACUAUUAAAAUUGAAUCUUCUAUAUUCUUUUAACUACCACAUUUGAAUAAAAUUGUUUCAGAUGUCAUAUUGUGAUAGUCAACUUUAUGCAAAAAUGUUAGAUCCAUUUAAAGAUUAUAAGUAUUUCAAUUUCAUUUCAAGUAUUGUGAAAAAUGGAAUAACAUCCUCAACGUACACCAAAAUAACUGAACUUAUAAUACAUUAUGUAAAAUCAGAACUGCAAUUAUUGCAUUAUAACAUCAUAUCAACUAAAUGUAAUGCUACUAUGGGUCAUGUUAUAAAAGCUUUACUGCAAGAUUACUCGACAAUUGAAGAAUUUUCAAAGUGUUCAUCCAACAUUUGCAUGAAAUCAUCCAAGUAA